AGACUUGGCCCAAAUGGGCAAAUCUCACACCGGACGGUCAUGCAAAAGGACUCAAAAGGGUCCGCAGACUCUCGCAGAACAUCCACCUGCGUCCAUUGCAGCCCAACACUAAUCCGAACUACAGAGCAGGACAGAUGCCAAUUUCACGCUCCCCCAACAAAAUACCAGUUUUGUCUACACUCUGCCUCUAUUAACUAGCUCGUUUUCUGUCAGCACAAGUACAUUUUUCGAUCGGUUUAAGUUAGUCAGGAUGGACUCAAAGCGAGAUAACAAUAAAGAGCAAGAGGGAGAAGUCGAGAAGAUAACCGCUGUGCUGCUCAAGUCUCACUCGGGAGAGUUUGAUUUGGAGUCCAUCCUGUUUCUCAAAUUCAGGGGGCUAGGAAUACACGAUCUUGGUUGUAUAGGAGACUGUAUGAAUUUGGAGAGACUGGACCUCUCUGGAAAUAAUAUUGUCAAUUUAGCUCCCCUGUCGUCUCUUCGGCUGCUUUCUGUUCUCAAUUUGUCUGCUAAUAGGAUUUCCAAUCUAGAACCUUUGCACAGUUGUGAAAAUCUAACAAAUUUAAACCUUGCCGGUAAUAUCAUCUCCAGUAUUGACCACCUUCUCUGCCUCCAGUCUUUGAGAAAAUUAGAAAGUAUUCGUCUCAACGACAACACCUACAAUUAUUCAAAUCCAGUGUGUAGAAACGUGUCCUAUAGAACCAUAGUUCUAGAGAUGUUCCCCACUCUCAAGGUGCUAGAUGGUGAGAGAGUCGUUGGACGUGGGAGCGAUUUGUACCACCUAUGCAAAGACAUUGAUGACACCAUUAAAGCCGGUCUAUACAAGAAUGGACAACUUGUUGAACAUCAGCAUUGCAAGCCAUGGGUGGAGGAUACUUACUGGGAAAUAAAAAGAUCCAACAACGCCAUUGUUGAAGAGGCCUACAAACAAUUUAAUGGUAAAAAGUUGUUCUGUUGAACGAAAAUAGUUGCAUAGAUAUUCUUCAUGAAUGCAGACUCUUAAACAACAGAGCAACUCAUGCAAUUUCCCAAAGUGAAAGAUCAAUGAGCCUGAAGAAGCAACCGAAACAGUAUGCCAUCUGAACUGGGCCCCAUUUGUGUGUACUGUAGUGUGUAGUUAUUUAAAGAUGCCAGUGCCGUAUGUGCAGUUGUAUGACUUGAGCGCAAGCUAGACAUUGCCAGAUGUACAUGCUGCUUUGUGGUGUUUGUUAAUAUUUUAUCGCACCCUAUGCAUUGUCUUUUGGGAGGAUACAUUGUAUUGUAUCCUCAGUCAGUUUGGACAGGAGACGUUUUUACGUGCACACUGUGCAUUCCGUGCCGUUUCGUAGCCUGCGUUCAUGCAGAAAUAAAUGCUGCUAAGAUGUCGAAAUAUUCCAAAUAAUUCAGAGCUUUUCCAUUUUGCUGGAUCAUUUUGGGAUCCUCCCAUUGCUAUAUGCUUUUUUUUUUAACCUGUAGAGAAUGUUAUUGAAUGUUCCUUUGUUUAUACUGGUUUUAUACCAUAAAUAUUAAUGACUCUACAAAUAA